UUUAUUAAAGUCGCGAACAUUGGACAACGCAGAACUGGUGGUGUGGCCAACAAUAACAUUGCCCCGAACCUUCCCACUCCACAAUCAAGAUGAGUGCCUCCUCCCUUCGAAUGCUCAGCAAAACCAAACAGACCGCCCGCAUCGUCAUUGUGGGUGCUGGUUCAGCGGGCAUUGCGGCUGCCACGCGCCUGCUGGAGCAGGGCUUUCGGAAUGUUCUGCUGCUCGAGGCAGAGGACCGCAUCGGCGGACGCGUUCACACGAUUCCAUUUGCGGAUAAUGUUGUGGAUCUUGGUGCACAGUGGUGUCACGGCGAGCAGGGCAACGUGGUGUACCAGAAAGUGAUGGACCAGAAGCUGCUGGACGUGACGGAGCCCCACUACGAGAACUUCAAGUGCGUGCGCUCCAACGGCGAGGUGCUGCCCGAGACGAUCGCGGAUCAGCUGAAGAAAAUCGCCUUCGAUUCCAUUCCCGAACGACAAACGGACUUGGGGGCCUACGAGGGCUCGCUGGGCGACUACCUGAACAUGAAGUACUGGCAGGAGGUGGCCAAACUCCCGCCCAUCGAUCGCAACAUUGCCGAGGAGUUCCUCGAAGUGUUCCACAAAUUCGAGGCAUCUGUGGAGGCCGCUGAUCAUCUCUACGAGGUAUCUGGCCGCGGACACCUGGAGUACUGGCUGUGUGACGGCGAACUGCUGCUCAACUGGCGGGACAAGGGCUACAAGCAGUUCCUCAGGGUCCUGAUGAAAGUAAAGGACGAUCAACCAGAGGAUCUGGGUGUGCUCAAGGGACACGUGCUGCUCAACAAGCGUAUUGCCGAGAUCAACUGGCAGGGCGUCGAUGAGCUAACAGUUCGCUGCUGGAAUGGGGAGAUUAUCACAGCGGAUCACAUCAUCUGCACCGUCUCCCUGGGAGUGCUGAAGGAGCAGCACAAACAGCUCUUUGUUCCCGCUCUCCCCGCGCCAAAGGUUCGGGCCAUCGACGGGCUAAAGCUGGGAACGGUGGACAAGUUCUUCCUGGAGUUUGCUGCCCCGCCACUGCCCGAGGACUGGCCCGGCUUCAACUGUCUCUGGCUGCAGGAGGAUCUGGAGGAGCUGCGCGACUCGGAGCUCUUCUGGCUGGAGAGCGUCUUUGGCUUCUAUCCCGUCUCGCACCAGCCUCGCAUUCUACAGGGCUGGAUCAUUGGAGCGAAUGCCCGUCACAUGGAAACCCUCACGGAGGAGAAAGUACUCAAGGGCCUGCUCUGGCUCUUCCACAAAUUCCUGCCCUUCAAUGUGCCCCAGCCGAAGCGCUUCCUGCGCACCCAGUGGCAUGCGAAUCCCAACUUCCGCGGCAGCUACACCUUCCGCUCCACCUACACGGAGGAGCUGCGUACGGGCGCCUGGGAUCUGGAGUCACCGCUGCUGGAUGUCGGCGGUCGACCACGACUGCAGUUCGCCGGCGAGGCCACCCACAAGCACUACUACUCCACCGUGCAUGGAGCCGUAGAGACGGGCUGGCGCGAGGCGGAGCGUCUGAAUUUUUACUACAGGCAAAGGAUGUCGCAGCUGUGAGGGAGGAAAGGUGUGCCAUAGAGUUAGGGAGUAAUUUGAAAGGUAUUCCGAUGUUUAAAGUUACAUAAAUUCAACCAGAAUACAGACUUUGAUAAGAUAAAA